AUGGAUGAAGCUUUAAAUAUCGAAGAGGAGCUUGGUCUCCAAAUUUUCACCCAUGAAUCCCUAGAAGAGAAAGUCGCUGAGAGAGCCGAGGCCGAGAUGCUCGAGAAAGAAGCCAAAGAGAGUGAGAAGAUGAAGAAGAAAGAAACUGCUGCCCUCGAGAAGCUGGAGAGUGAAAUCCGAACCACUCGUAGCUUGGUUAAUUCAACAUUUGGUCCUAGAAAGGCCAAGUACCAAGAGAAACUUAAUGAACUGCUAGUAAAAGUCGAGCUACACCAAGCCAAUAUUCUCGAUAUCGACCAACGCCUGCAACAGCGAACUAUCAAGGCUGCUGCCGCCGCGACUAAUAGCUCUCGAGACCAGCGCGUCGGGGAGUCGCGUCGAGAGUAUCUGAUUCGCAAGGGAGUUCUAAACCCCUUCUCAGAAGAAGGUCCCAGUGCUGAUGGCCCAUCUCUGGCCGCUGAUACCGCAACAACAACAGAUACGACUGGACCGACGGAAGCAUUGUCCUUCCAGGAUUUACGAGCUCCUGGUUUUGCUACAGAAAAGCAACCCAAGAUUACUGAUAACGCAGAAGUUACUGCAACGACAUCGACGCCAAAGGCGGUCGAUAACACCCAUCUACCCUCUCAGACUUCGAAACCAAGUCCCCAAAAAGUUCACCUUAGUACUGGAAAGGCUGCAGGGUAUGAGGAUGAUUACGAGGAAGAAGUAGUAAGAGCUACAAGACCUCGACGUGCCACGAAAAACACUGCUGCGCGUGCGGAUACCCAGCAUUCUGGCUCGAAUGAGGAUUCUGAUGAAUACAAGGAGGAAGGAGAAUGGAGUGAAAAGGAGGACGACGAGGACGACGAGAAAGAAAUUAUACCAAACCCGAAAAAACGUAAGGGCAAAUCAUCGCGUUCUGGUGGGAAGAGGAGAAAGAUGGAGGAAGAUAACGAUGCAGAUAAGGAAGACUUAGGAGGAUACGACGAUGGCUACGAGCAUGUCUACCAAAAGCGACUCAAAUCUUGGUGUGCAAAACGUGCAGCCGCCAGAGCUGAGAACGACGAAGAAGAUGAUGACAAGAAAACACCUGAAUGGUUCAAGCCGUCCCCCUCCGCCCCGGAUCAUAUCGUCGACGAUGGCUUCAAGCUCCCUGGUGACAUUGCUCAAUCACUCUUUGACUAUCAAAAGACAGCCGUUAAUUGGCUAUGGAACCUUCACGCCAAACAGCAUACUGGCGGAAUCCUCGGAGAUGAAAUGGGACUCGGGAAAACCAUCCAGACUAUCGCAUUCAUAGCGGGUCUGCACUAUAGUCAACUACUGACAAAACCAGUUCUCAUUGUCGCACCAGCGACAGUCCUAAAACAAUGGUGCAACGAGUUUCACAAGUGGUGGCCGUGUUUGCGAGUUUCAAUCCUGCACUCUUCCGGGAGUGGGAUGCUCUCAAUUGCCGCAGAUAAAAAAGCUGAAGAAACGAUUGAUGACGACGAGGGUUUAUUAGAAGUAUUGGAGAGUGCGGCACCCUCCAAAGCGCAGAAGGCCGCGAAGAAAAUUGUCGACAAGGUCAAGGCUAAGGGCCAUAUCCUUAUAUCAACAUACACCGGCCUCAGCACAUAUCACAAAUUGCUUCUCGACACAGACUGGGAGUGUGUGGUGCUUGACGAAGGACACAAAAUCCGCAACCCAGAAGCGAAGAUCACUAUUGCCGCAAAACAACUUCGUAGCACAACUAGAUUCAUCCUUUCAGGAACCCCAAUCCAGAACAAUCUUCGCGAACUUUGGAGUUUGUUCGAUUUCGUUUACCCUGGGAAGCUUGGUAUAUACCAAGUAUUCAAUGAGAAUAUUGCGAUCCCGAUCAAACUUGGUGGUUAUGCUGGAGCCAACAGUACCCAAAUUCACACUGCGUUCAAGUGUGCAGUAGUUUUAAGAGAACUUAUUAAUCCUUAUAUGCUUCGCCGCCUAAAGGCAGACGUCGCAGUCUUGCCACCUAAGCAGGACCAAGUUUUAUUUUGCAACCUUGUUGUUGAACAGAAAGAGGCCUACGAAAAUUACAUCAAGUCUCCCGAAGCCUUCGACAUAUUAUCCGGAAAAAGAGACGUACUCGCGGGCAUUGAUGUCCUCAGAAAGAUUUGCAAUCAUCCCGACCUCUGCAAUCGCGAAAAACUAUCUAUUGAUCAUGACUACGACUACGGAAAUCCUGUCAGAUCUGGAAAGAUGCAAAUCGUUAAGGGCCUCCUCAAAGCAUGGGAGAAAGACAACUUGAAGUGCUUGAUCUUUUCGCAAGGCACACAGAUGCUGGAUAUUUUAGAGAAGUUCGUGAAGAAGAAGUACCGUUACUUACGUUUGGACGGCACUACAGAUAUCAAGUUAAGGCAAUCUAUGGUUGAUCAAUACAACAACGAUCCUACCCUCCAAGUUUUCCUCCUCACCACCAAGGUUGGUGGUUACGGUCUAAACCUAACUGGCGCAACAAGAAUCAUCAUAUUCGAUCCGGAUUGGAAUCCUUCUAAUGAUAUGCAAGCAAGAGAACGAUCCUGGAGACUAGGACAGAAACACGAAGUUCGGAUCUACCGACUUCUCAGCAGGGGUACCAUCGAAGAAAAGAUCUAUCAACGACAACUAUACAAGCAAUUCCUUACGAAGAAGAUCCUAGAAGACCCUGAACAACGUCGUGCCUUUAGAAUGGAUGACAUGAGAGAUUUGUUCACACUGGGAUCGAUGGAGCAUGGGACGGAAACCGGAAGCUUGUUUGAAGGAGUUGAGAAGACGUUGACAGAAGCGAAGCGUAUAUCCGAGGACGAAAAGUCCGAGGAGGUCCAGAAGAUUGCGGGGGUCCAUAAGCUCGAGAACUUCGUCGGGGGAGAAAAUAACAUGCUGAGCGGCCCAAUGACGGGCGAGGCUUCAGAGCCUGACGAGAAGGCCCCAGGAAGUCCGAGCAAAUCGGACAAAAAACGCAAACGGGACGAGGGGGACAAGGGGGACCACAUCCUCGAGACGAUUUUGGCGCAAGCCGGCGUUCAUAGCAUAGUAGAGCAUGACGCCGUGAUGGCUACGUCAAAAUCGAGCCUGAGCAUAAUCGAGCGAGAGGCGAAUCGUAUCGCCAAGAGUGCAAAGGAAGCACUCACUCGCUCAUUCGAGGCCAUACAGAGGCACAGCGUCCCCGGCCAAGUCACUUGGACUGGCCGUGUAGCUAAGGCUACACGUAAAAAGGGGGGUGACCCCAAACUUCCGGACCGUCUUUUAAGACGGCCGGAAAUCGCCUCAAGAACCAGAAACUGGUUCUUGGACCAUGAGGCGAGGGGGGGGAAGGUGACGACGAAGAUGAUAAUGGAUGCAUUCAAUCCAAUCAUCCACGAGAAGGACCUGGCGUCCUUCAAAACAAGUUUGAAGGAGAUGGCGGAGUUGAACAAGGAGACGAAGGUUUGGGGGCUGAAGGUGGCCGGGAAGCCCUCCUAG